CUAGUAGAGUCGUGAUCAAGAGAGAAAACGUCGGAAGAUUGUUUGCUCAUAUCUAAUCUAAAGAGCCUGAGAGAAACAAAAAAAAAUAUAUAAACUUUUCUACUCUUGUUUAUUUUUCCCCCUCUCUCUGGCUGUACGUUGCAAAUACGACGACAGUGGUGUGUCGUUUUGACACGUCUUUAGACACAUUCAAAACAGAGUAUCAAUCUCAAAGCAAGAGCUUCUGUUUCCACUCUCCGUCGGACUAAAACUAAACCCCUUCUCCUUCUCUCUCUCUUUUCCCACUUCACUCUCUGGCCUCAUUCCGACGGUCGAUCUGUCUUUCUUACGUAACUCUUUACUAUGGCCGAAUCCUCACCAUCGGACUCUGCAGUCGAGCCUGGGAGCUUAAACUUAAACCCUGACUCGGAUCCGUCCUUCACUGCAGAAAUCGACACUUCCACACCGUUCGUGUCAGUCAGAGAAGCAACCAAUCGUUUCGGCGGUUUCGGUUUCUGGAAACCUCACAAUACCGAACCCGUUCAGGAAACAACUGUCAGAGAAGGUGAAAUGACGGAGCUCAAGACACAAGCUGCUGUGCUACAGAACGAUCUAAUAGUGAAAGAGCGUGAGAAUGAUGAGGUGUUGAAGGAGCUCGAGGCGACUAAAGCCACAGUUAUAGAACUCUACUCAAAGCUUCAGCAGAAUAAGAAGCAUGAAGAGGAAGAGUCGUUGAGAGAAGAAGAAGUUCACUGUCGUAUCAACCCUGCUUGUGUGGUGGUUCUGAAUGAUUUAAACAAGGCAAAGAUGAAUCUUUGCAAGAGAACGGUGGAUCUUUCCGGUUUACGCCGGUCUGUUGCGGUCUUGAGCAAGCAGCUGAAUGAGGAAAGGGAAGCGCUCGAGAAGACGCGGGAGAGACUUAUGCACAAGUCUUUGAAAGUGAUUUCUCUAGAGGAAGCCAAGGGUGAAACCAGCGAGAAAGAUCUUGAGAGUAACGCAUUGAGAAUGAUUGACGAGGUGCAAAGACUCAGCUGCGAAGCUCGAGAGUUCAAGAGAGCAGGAGAGAAGGCAAUGGCUGAGAUUGAGGACACGAGAGAGAAGAUCAAAACGGUUAAGAUAAGGUUGGUUGCUGCUAGGAAGAUCAAAGAAGCGGCUAGAGCUGCUGAGGCGCUUGCAAUCGCAGAGGUUAAGGCUGUUACCGACGACGAAGAAGCCGUGACUGUGACUAUCUCUGCUGAAGAGUACGCUGAGCUCGCUGGUUGCGCUAGAGAGGCAGAGGAAGAGGCGAGGAAGAGAGUGGAAGAUGCGAUGUCUAGAGUCGAAGAAGCGAAUGUUUCGAAGAUGGAUACUCUGAGGAGAGCAGAAGAAGCGGCGCAAGAAGUUGAGACCAGCAAGAAGGCAUUGGAGGAAGCUGUGGAGAGAGCCGACACUGCAAGACUCGAAUCAGAAGAGGCGCUACGAAACUGGAAGUCAGAGAAUGGACAGAGGAGGAGAAGAUCAUCAGUGAACAACACUGCCAAGUUCAAGACAACAACAACAACGAGAACAAAGAGUCUGAUGGAUGUAAACGGUCUGCAUCUGACGUAUGAUUUUGUUCUUGGUCCAUCGUCAUCUUCAGUUCCUGUCUUGAAGCCAACGAUGUCGAUAGGGGAAAUACUCAGCGAGAAGCUACUUGUUGCGGAGGAUUCAGACGUGAUGAAUGUUGCUAGCCAGAGGAGGAAGAUGUCGCUUGGUCAGAUGCUGGCAAAGAAUAGCAAUGGUGAUGGAGCUUCGAGCAAGAAGUGUGAAGGGAAGGAGAAUGGGAAAAGAUCAGCGACGACUCUAAAGAGAAAGAAUCUCGGGUUUGCUAAGAUCGUUUUGUUGUUAAACAAAGAGAAGAAGAACAAGAAGAUUGGUUUGAACUUGAGGUGAUAGUGUUUUCUUUUACACUUGGCUUGUGUUCUGUAAAUUUACAUCUCUUUUGUGCCUGGACCUUAAUGGGCUUUUUAUUGGGCUUUUAUGGACUUUUAUGGGCAUUUAAAUAGCUUUUUUCGUUGCUUGCAUUA